AAGUGAAAACUACUUGCUCAAAUUCUAUGGUUUCAACGCAUAAACUUAAUGUCCGGGUUAGGAUUCUUGUCAACACGUGUUGAAGAUUCGCCAAGGUUUUUUUCGGGAAAUUUAGUUUAAUUACAACAAAAUAUGUCUGUUUUGAAACGUGUGGUCAAACCGACCACUCGGAAAGGGAAAAAAAUACUCAUCAAAAAGGAGCCACAAAUAAUAGAAGGUCCGAAGAAGACAUUGUUCUUCAAAGGUAGAAAAUGCAGCGAAAAUAUAAGACGUCUCCUGAAGGAUUUCUAUGAUCUGAAAAAGCCGGAUGCACUUAUGUUGACCAAAUCAAACGAUAUCACAAUUUUUGAAGAUGUUACACCAGUUGAGGCCUUCUCUAGGAAACACGAAACACCGCUAUUUCUAAUGGGAUCACAUAGUAAAAAACGUCCAGAUAAUUUAGUCGCCGGUAGAAUGUUCAACUAUUCCCUCCUGGAUAUGUUUGAAUUCCACGUAGAAAAUUGUCAAAACUUGAGAGACUUCUCAUCUAAUAAAAUCUUACUGGGAAUGAAACCCUGCCUUGUUUUCAACGGACCAAAGUGGGACGAAACAGAAGAGUUCAAACAGUUAAAAUCUCUUUUUAUUGAUCUCUUUCAUCGUGAAGAGGUAGAUUCUAUCAGACUUCAAGGUUUGGAACAUGUUUUGAGUUUCACGAUCACAGACACAGGUAAAAUUCUCUUGAGGUCCUACAAGGUGGUCUUGAAGAAAUCUGGGGGACGAACACCACGUGUGGAACUAGAAAAUAUGGGUCCCAAUGUUGAUUUAACCCUCAGAAGAAGCAAACUACCUUCUGAAGAUUUGAUGAAGGAAGCCUGUAAGAAACCCAAAGAACUCAAAGCCAAACCGAAGAAGAACAUUUCAACUGACGGUCUUGGAACCACUCAUGGCCGCAUCCACGUAGGUAAACAGGAGAUCAACAAACUACAGACUCGCAAAAUGAAAGGAUUAAAAAAAUCCGCUGUAGAGAUAAUGGCUAAAAAGAUGCUCGAAAAGAAAACAUCUAUGAAAAAGAAUAGCAAAGCUGAAAGAUAAAGUUCAGUGAUUGAGUGAUUAGACCAUAUGAAUGAAAAAUGAGAAUUUGUGAGAAGUUUCAGUGACAUGAUAUAAGAGUGUUAUUGAAUUUCAAAAUGACGUCCUUGAUAUGAAUAUAUAGGGGCUUGAAAGACACAACUCAUGUGACUGUUUUCUGUUAUUUAUUCUUUCAAGGAUCGUAUAAUUAGUUUUAAGUUGUAAAUAUUUUUUGUAUAAAUCUGAAAUAAACAGUUUUAUAUUUUA